UUCUUGACUGGGCAAGGGUUGCGAAGAGAGCACGGCUAUUCUUGUAAAGGCCCUCGCCAUUUGGAAUUCUCUCAAUCGCCCUAGCACGUGCUAGAUAAGCCAGAAUGGAGUCAGAAAUUCAGGCUCAGAUACCAAAUAUCGAUCAUGUACUGUCGGAGUACUCUGUUGGAUAUCUCAAUCAUGCAUCAAAGCUCUACUUUUCAGAAGAGGAGGACUCGGCUGAGUCUCCAUUGACUGAAGCCCUGGAAAGCAUCACUGACCUGCUGGUUUCUGCUUCGGGAAAAUUUUCCGAACAGAACCGAAUCGCUAUCCGCAAUUUGGUCGAGAAAUUCAUCGCAAAAUUAGGUGAAGCAAAUGGCGUCGACCCCGAGAGAAGGCAGAUGCCCUUCACGGCCAAGAAGCUGGAUCAAACCAUCCAGGUCAGCUCGCAGCGAAACAUCUCAUCAACCCUGGGUCUGACCAGUGGCGCGAUCGAUCUUGAAGCUGCCAAUGCUCGAAAGGUCGAAUCCAAGGUCGACAAGAAGAAGCUUGAAAAGGCCGAGCGAAAGAUCCGAGCGAAGCAAGACAAGAAGACCAUGAAGAAUGUCGAAUAUGAGGCCUCAAGACUGCUGGAUCAGCCUGAUAACACCCAGUCCUACGAAGAGUUCUUCAUGGCCGUCAACCCUCUUCAACUCGGAUCAGACGCACAAACAAAGAGCAAAGAUAUCAAGAUUGACGGAAUUGAUAUAUCCAUAUCUGGCAAACGUAUCUUGACGGAUACGUCCUUGACUUUGGCCUAUGGUCGACGGUAUGGUCUUGUAGGUCAGAACGGUAUUGGUAAAUCUACACUGCUUCGUGCCCUGAGUCGGCGUGAAGUCGCCAUUCCAACACACAUUUCUAUUCUUCACGUGGAACAGGAGAUCAUGGGAGAUGAUACACCAGCUCUUCAAGCGGUGCUUGAUGCUGAUGUGUGGCGGAAACACCUGCUCGCCGAACAGGUUAAGAUCACCCAGCAGCUUGUCGCCAUUGAAGCGGAAAGAACAAAAUUGGCGGACACGUCGAAAGAUGCCGCUCGUCUCGACAAAGAAAAGGACGGUCUGGACACAACGUUGGGAGAUAUCCAAGCCAAGCUGAGCGAGAUGGAAUCUGACAAGGCUGAGUCUCGUGCAGCUACUAUUCUGGCUGGUCUAGGUUUCUCACCCGAGCGCCAACAGUUUGCGACCAAAACAUUCUCUGGUGGUUGGCGAAUGAGAUUGGCUCUAGCUAGAGCACUUUUCUGCGAGCCGGAUCUGUUGUUGCUCGAUGAACCUUCCAAUAUGUUGGAUGUGCCUUCAAUUACCUUUUUGGCCAACUACCUGCAGACCUACCCAAGCACCGUUUUGGUCGUCUCCCACGACCGAGCAUUCCUGAACGAAGUGGCCAUGGACAUCAUCCAUCAACAUUCGGAACGGUUAGACUACUACAAGGGCGCCAAUUUCGAUUCAUUCUACAACACCAAAGAGGAACGGAGGAAGAACGCCAAACGUGAGUAUGAAAACCAGAUGGUCGUACGGGCUCAUCUACAGGCUUUCAUCGACAAAUUCCGCUACAACGCCGCCAAAUCUUCCGAGGCACAGUCUCGCAUCAAAAAGUUGGAGCGUAUGCCCGUCCUCGAGGCUCCAGAGGCAGAAUAUUCGGUCCACUUCAAGUUUCCGGAUGUGGAGAAAAUGUCCCCUCCCAUCAUCCAGAUGUCCGGCGUUGCUUUUGGCUACACACAAGACAAACCACUACUCCGCAAUGUCGACCUGGACGUCCAGCUGGAUUCGCGAAUCGGUAUCGUGGGGCCCAACGGAGCUGGUAAGACGACAGUGCUGAAACUCCUGAUUGGACAGCUGCAACCUACGUCUGGAAUUAUAUCACAGAAUCCACGUCUUCGGAUCGGAUUUUUUGCGCAGCAUCAUGUGGAUGCUUUGGAUAUGAAUACUUCUGCAGUAGGAUUCAUGCAGAAGACAUAUCCAGGCAGGACGGACGAAGAAUACCGCCGUCACCUGGGUGCCUUUGGUAUCACUGGUAUGACAGGCCUGCAGAAGCUUGAAUUAUUGUCUGGUGGACAGAAAUCAAGGGUUGCAUUUGCUUGCUUAUCACUGACCAAUCCACAUAUUCUUGUCCUUGACGAACCGUCCAAUCACCUGGAUAUUGAGGCCAUGGAUGCCCUUUCGACCGCUUUGCAGCAAUUCCAGGGAGGAGUUUUGAUGGUCAGUCACGAUGUCACCAUGUUGCAGAAUGUGUGCACCAGUCUCUGGGUAUGUGACAAAGGCACGGUCGAGAAAUUCCCGGGAGAUGUCAACGCAUACAAGAAGAAGAUCACUGCUCAGGCGAACGAAGCGGGUGUUGUCCAAGCACACUGAUGCUGGUCCGAAGGGAGUUUGUGGUGUUCUCCUAUUGCUCGAUAGUAUUGAAUCAUGAAGCACUCUCAGGCACCAACUGAACCAUUCAUUGGCCUUUGUCUGUUCAUUGUUAUAUAAUGACGUGUCCUUUCGAGCGGUGUGAGUGAUUGAAAAUGUGAUCUGUCCAUGUUUCCCGUCUCUGUGACAUACCUAGAGCAUUGGAUAGGUUGUCGAUGGUGCACCACAGCCGGCAAUAGCGGAGUUUGAGGUAUUCACC